GGUGAUGACGUAAUAUUAACUUGCCAAAUAUGGAUAUUAAACUUGGGAUAAUUAUCUUAUGUUGCGUCAUAUCGGAAGUUUCAACAUCUAACGUUCACCCACAAUGUCGGCCCGUCACCUUACCCAUGUGUUUACGGAACGACAAUGAAAGAAACAAAGGAAUAAAAUGGAUUUAUAACGAAACUACAUUCCCAAACUUUAACAACGACGCUUCUGAAUCUGAAGUCGAAAUAUCGUUGAGUUUGCUUCAUCCGUUGUUAUCGACUUCAUGUUCGAGAUAUUUAGAAUUAUUCCUGUGUUCGGUGUUCUCGCCGGCGUGCAUGGGGGGCGGUGUGGUCCCACCGUGUCGUUCCCUGUGCGAAGUGGUGUUCGAUGAUUGCGCUGAAGUUGUCGAAGCUUUUGGGAUAAUUUGGCCCCAGAGGUUACAUUGCGAUAAUUUCCCUCCACAAAACGGGGGCAAAAUGGUUGACACAGGAAGUGACACGUGGGGCAAGAUGGUUGUUAGUCGAAGUUCGUGGUUGGUGUGGGGGGAAGCAUUGUUGGGGGAUGGGGAGGUUUGCAUCCCAUUGAGCGGUGAUGAUGUCAUUACCCCAGCAUUGUCGCAAAACAACCAGGAAAUCGACAACGUUACGAAAUAUCCGGGCGAAUAUGGUUUACGAUGCCCCGCCCAGCUGACAGCCCCACCCAAUGAGCCUGGAUACACUUUCCUGGGAAUGCAGGGUUGCGGGGCCCCAUGCCCAAAUAUGUACAUGGGUGAUGAUGAGUUGAUGUUGGUCCGAUACAUAAUAUGCGUCCUCGCAUCGUUAUGUGCGUUGGUGACGUCGUUCGUGUUGUUCACGUUCGCUAUUGAUACAAACAGGUUCCGAUACCCAGAACGGCCGAUUGUUUUCUAUGCUGCCGCUUAUUUUGUCAUCUCCGUUAUUUUCCUCGUUGGUUUCGCGUUGGGGUCCGAUGUAGCUUGCAAGCAUGAGAUAAUGGACGAGAACAAUAUAGUGAUACAGGGGGCUGUGGUGGUGGAGGGCCCGAGGGAUCGGGCGUGUACGAUCGUGUUCAUGAUACUCUACUUCUUCACAGUGAAUGGCACCAUCUGGUGGUUGAUUCUCACCGUAACGUGGUUGCUUGCAGCGGGGUUUAAAUGGGGAAGCGAAGCAAUUGAGAAACACCAUCUCUAUUAUCAUGGGUUGGCAUGGGGGAUUCCUGCUGUUCAAACUAUGGUUGUGGUUACAACAGGAAAGAUUGAAGGAGAUAAUAUUGCAGGUGUUUGUUUCGUUGGAUUAUACGACAGCGAUGGACUUCGGUUUUUACUUCUGCUACCGAUGUCGUUCUAUUUGUUGGUUGGGAUGUUCGUGCUACUAACUGGCUUCAUUUGUUUGAACCGCGUGCGCAAGAGUCUUCAUGAUGAUGAAACAAACAAGAAGAAACUCGCAAAGUUUAUGCUGAGAAUCGGGGUCUUCAGUAUUCUGUAUAUUCUACCACAGUUGGCGUUAAUUGCGAUUUACGCGAUCGAAGAUUCGAACCGAAAGUCGUGGGAGUCGGCUUGGUUUGUUCGAAACUGUGGCCGGUACGGGGUGCCGUGCCCCAACCUACCGCACCCGGUGGCACAACUAGCACAAGGGAAUCCCCUACCAGGAGUUUUUAUAUUCUGUAUGAAAUACAUCAUGACGUUGAUAGUGGCGUUACCCCCUUUGUUUUGGGUGGCUAGUAAGAAGACGAUGGCGUCGUGGAAGGAGGCCGUCACUAAGCAACGAUGUAUGGACGAUGGCAACCCACUAAGUGUCACACAAACCCAACUACUCAACGACUCCAACAACGGACCCCAUGCUCGCGAUGCUGUUCGUAAACAACAAUCCAAACACAGUGAUGUCAUAUUUGGGGGGUUAGGGGGUUUCCAGGGGUCCUCCGCGUCAAUCGCCGCUGCGGAAGCUAUGACAUCAUCAAGGGCAAGAGCCCGCCAGGAAUUAUGGGAGGAUAUGACAUCAACUGACUCCACGUUAUCAAGUCGGUCAGAAUCGACUUUGGCCAAAGUUUUGGAAUACGAAUCUCAUAAAAAUAAAGGAAGGAGAGUGGUGGGGCGUCGGCGACAUAAUCAGGGCCACCCCUUACCCCUCACCCAUAACCCUGAUGAGGGGGAAAACAAUAGAGAAGUGGAUGAUGUCAUAAACAAGCCCGUUCCUAUAAAGAUGGAGCGUAACAAUAGAAUUGAUGAUGUCAUAAGUUCACAAUCGCGCUCGUUAAGCGACGUAACACGCCCCCAAAGCUCUGUGACAUCACAACCAGGGAGACCUGAUGUGGUAAAGAAACAACUUUCGAUUUCUCGAAGCGAUGCGACACGUUCUGUCCCAGAUAUCAUCAAAACAACGGAACUGUCACCACCAUUGUUGCGCAACAAACCUGAGAUUCCUCGGAAACCGAAACUUUCGCUCGCCAAACCGAACACUUCUGGUCGAGUUCUUGAAGUUUAAAAGUCAUUUCCCGCUCGCACUUAUUAGUGACGUCAUUUACCCCGUGACGUCAUCACCUCCGUGACGUCAUUAACCCCUUGAAGUCAUUGUGUUCAACCUACUGUGCAUGAGUAACCAUAGAAAUCGUACUAAAAGAAAGGUUUUCGAAAACGCAAAAUUCACCAAAUCAUAAAUUGUUCCACUGUGCCAUUAAAUAGAUUCUA